AUGGACGUCAAUGUUCGUCCUUUGUACACUCGAAUGAGCAUGGAUGCAGUGCUUCGUUGUGGCUUUUCAUUCGAAACAAACGUACAACAAGACCCCAAUAAUCCCUAUUUGACAAAGUUCACCGAAGCUGUGGCUAUCGACAAUCGAAAACUACUGUUUGUCAAAGUGGCCAGUGUACUACCGACACUAUGCGGCUUUGUUCUUCGAAUUGUUCUAGUUUUCAAUGCAUUGCUGUUCAAGUGGAACAAAACAUUUUCAUUUGUUCAUUUUCCCGAGUUGCCCACUCUCUGGCUGAUGGCACGCGCUGGCGAACAUGUUUUACAUGCUCGACGAGAUGUUAACACAAAUAGUCGUGUUGAUCUUCUUCAUCUUAUGCUCGAUGCAGCCACCGAUCAGAUUAUUUCGGACGAAAAAGUGCAACGUGAUGAGAACAUCGAAGCAUCAUUGACAUCACCACGUACCAAUGUCAACAAGUUGACAUACGAUGAAAUCAUCGGCAAUAUAUUUCUAUUUCUAGUUGCCGGUACAGAGACAACAUCAACCACGCUUGCUUUUUGCACAUAUGUGUUGGCUACACAUCCUGAUGUACAGCAGAAGUUACAAGAUGAAAUUGAUGCAAAUGUUGACGAUAGUGCUCAGUUACCGACAUACGAAAUAGUCGACAAUUUGGAAUAUUUAGAUAUGUUCAUCAAAGAAGUAAAUCGAAUGUUUCCGAUAGUACCGGUCAUCACUAAUAGGCUCUGCAUUCGAGACACCACAAUCGGUCAAUAUACAAUAAAAGAGGGUACAAUUGUGCAACCCGAUGUCUACAGCAUCCACUAUGAUGCUGAUCUCUGGGGUCCUGUUGAUCCAUAUAAGUUUCAUCCUGAACGGCAUGCGGUCAAACGACAUCCACUAGCUUACUUGCCUUUCGGUGCUGGACCACGUAAUUGUGUCGGUAUGCGCUUUGCCCUGCUACAAUUAAAGAUGGCCUGUGUCCAACUUCUAAAAAAAUUUACAGUUUUGAAAAGUGACAAGCU